CGACAGUGGUGCUUUGACAAACAUCACGCUCCACUGACGUGGCGCUUUCCGGUUCGGAUGCUUGAAACGGUUGCGAGCUUCUAUCCUGCACCCAAUCUACAUCCACUUCAGGCAACAAGUCGCACCUACGUGAAUGACAGAUUUGGUUGAGAUACAGGUCUCGAACAUAUUUCACAAGGCCGAGCCUUGCCAUAGCAAAUUCGGGCAGCUUCUCCUGAAGCUUAGGGUCGCUACGUUAGGCUCGGAGUAUGCGGUUUGAAUAUCAGCACACAUGGCCGACCAGACGCCACCGCGGCAGACAAUGUCGCUGAUACCCUACGCUAACGACCAACGAGAGAUUGUGCUACGACGCGGUAACGCUGUAGUUGUAUACGACGCGCAGUCACGCCAGUUGCAAGUCCGUAACGCGUCGAAGCAAGCUGUUGAGCCUACUGAGUGCCCAACUUGCCGUCGACCCUACCGCGAUGAGGCGAUACACGACGACGAAGACUACCCUAGCCCCGCUUUUGGCCACGAGCGACAGUAUGUGGACCCGGAGUACUUUGCCAUGCUGGCAGCCAGCCAUCGAGGCACCCCAGAGGCCUCUGGUAGCAACACACCAAGCCGGAGAUUCUUCCCUGCUGCUCUUCGGUCUGGACGCUCGAGGGACGUCAGUGGUAGCGCCGAUCCUCCUGCUGGCUCUGAGUUCCUGGGCAGCGCACCUUCUGCCACCAGUGGACAGGGUAUCAGUAGCUCAGCCUUCAGCCCGGACUUCUUCAAGCGCAACUUCGUGGAGCAAGGUGUGCUUGGCCGUGGUGGUCAUGGCGUGGUUCUGCUGGUGGAGCACUUCAUGGAUGGUGUAUCCCUUGGCCAAUAUGCUUGCAAACGUGUGCCCGUGGGCAACGACAGAGCUUGGCUAGAGAAAGUACUAGUCGAGGUGAAGCUCUUGCAGCGCAUACAGCAUCGCAAUCUUGUGCAGUAUCACUUCGUCUGGCUUGAAGACCAUCAGCCGAACAGAUUUGGGCCGAGCAUCCCAUGCCUAUGGAUCCUUCAAGAGUACUGUGAUGGCGGCGAUCUACAGAGUUACGUACACGGUCCGAAGGACGCUCCAACUACAGCCGAAACACUGAAGGCACGCCUAAGGCGCAGAUCACGAGGUGACAGUGACACGACCGGAGAGGUCCGUGUCCCUAGCAAGCUCACCUUCGAAGAGAUCUUCUCCUUCUUCCGCGAUAUCACUGCCGGUCUACACCACUUACAUAGCAAAGGUUACAUACAUCGUGACCUGAAGCCAUCCAAUUGCCUCUUGCAACGCGAUGGCACGAAGACCAGAGUGCUCAUCUCGGACUUCGGCGAAGUACAAGCAGCAGGAGACGAACGCAGGUCUACAGGCGCCACGGGCACCAUCUCCUACUGCGCACCUGAGGUUCUCCGCCGAGACUCACCUGAUGGCAUCUUCGGCAAUUUCACCACGAAAUCUGACAUCUUCAGCCUAGGUAUGUGCGUUUAUUUCAUGUGCUUCGCUCGCCUGCCCUACAGCAACGCGGACGACAUCAAUGAAGAGGCAGAAGACCUCGAUCAGCUUCGUGUAGAGAUCACGAGCUGGCCGGGCUUCGAUGACAAAGCGAGAGCGCGCUCAGAUCUGCCAGAGAAGCUGUACCGAUUUCUGAAGCGUCUGCUCAGUGUGGACCCCGAUGAGCGUCCCAGCACUGGCGACAUCCUGGAGAGCAUUCGUGGAGGCAAUGUAAACGAAGCGGUCGGUGAAGACUUUAGCCCGCGUGUUUCAUCGGUUGAUUCGCCUGCAAGACCAACGCCACAGAGUCGCAAGCACUCAACGUACCAUAUCAGACCAGGCUUGUCGUCUUUAGGUCGGCGCGACUCCAGUGAUGAAGACCUGCGGCCUCGUAGUCCGGCUAAGCGAGACUCAAGUCGCAGCGAAGGGCACAGCCGCCCUUUAAGUCCCAUUAAUGGCGCCGUCGCAGUAAGACCGUCGAAAGUCGAGCUGCCAAAACCGGGGGAGCUCGAGCGUCCGCAUAGUCCACGCUUGUUGCUGCCUGCUCCACCAAUAGCAUCAGGACCCGCUCGCUUUCCAAUGCUUGCAAAGCAUCUCAACGCCGUCGACAUCGCUCGUAUCGGCCUCCUCGUUGCGAAGGUUCUCACCUUGACGGUACCUUGCGCGCCUUACGCUGCCAACUCCUGGUUGUUGUACCCUCUACUCGCCUUGGCGGCGCUCGAUUUCGGCAUCUUUUCGCACGAUCUACGGCGAUCUAUGAUGUUGCUUGGCGUGCACUUGGCGGGUCUUGUCAUUGCUUCACAGCGCGGCGGCUUAUGCGAACGUCCGACUGUUCGAUGGGACACAGUGUGAGCCGGCCUCAGACUACCUCGACAGGCGCCAGCCGAAGUGUCAGCAUUAUCAAGCGCGACCGGCCGAUGCCAAGCAGUCAACGGUCGCCGGACGCUUUGGAGCUGCAUACCAACGUUAUCAGCUCUGCGAACCACAGGUCGCAUCGUUAAUGCACAGUCAGAAGUUGUGCUAUCGCAUUACAAAAUCAAGCCUGAACUGCUGGAUGCCUAUCGCAUGGCCCUUGCAGACUGCAUGCGCUAGGGCUGAAACUGGAGGUAGU